AUGGUUAUUCUUUCGUCGGCGGCGUGGUGCAGCGACAGGGCUUGCUUGUCCGGCGGAAGUAUUGGGGGCGCGGUGUUCCCCCUCGGACUGAAUAAUCUGGCGUUUAAGAUAGGCUUUGAGCGGUGGUCGACACGGAUUAUGGGGCUCAUCACGCCGAUUCUGUUGAUUGUGGGAUGUCUGUUUGUGAGCGCCAAUUUCCCGCGUACGGCGCCGUCGCCCCGGUCCACUAGGUUGUUCCUUCCGGACUUGAUGAUCUGGAAAGAGCCUGUUUUGGCACUAACGAACCAUUGGUUGUUCUUCUUUGAAUGUGGCUUCUUUUAUUCCGCCCGAGUAUGUCGCCUCAUACUCCCUUGCCACUGGUAUCCCGCGCCAGCUGUCGUACUUGAUGGUCGUCUUCCUCAACGCAGGCUUCUUUCCCGGGAGAUAGUUGCCCGGUAUUACCGCGGAUCGUAUUGGGCGGUUCAGUACACUUCUGUUGACUAUUAUUCUGUGUCGAGUUGCAGUACUUGCUGUGCGGAUACCCGCUGGAGCAAAUAUUGUCGGGAUCAUCAUCAUCUCAGUCUGUUCGGCUUCGCCCACGGGAGUGAUAUCAGCUCUAUCCCAGUGUGUGUGUUGGCGAGCUGUGCCUUGUGCAGAAUAAGGGACAAUAUUAUUCCACCGUAUACACCAUUAGUCCUUUCUCGUGGUCUUUCUUUCCUGUGUUUGGUGCGAUGGACAAGGGCUAACAUCUUGAAACAUGCUUUGACGGGCGUCCCCAUCGCGGGAGAAAUCUUGCACCCCGCUGCCAAAGAGCCUACUUGGGACUAA